AUGCCUUCUCUCAUCUCACAACAAUGGCAAGAGAGAACUAGUGGAUUCUUUUCUUCAUCAGGAACGAAGCUUAGGGAAGCCGGGCAAUCAGCUGGUAGUUUUGUCGGGGAAGUCGCUAAAGACGCGAAAGUUAAUGUUGCUGAUGUUGCAGAACGAUUUGGGACGUUGUUCAAAAGCCGGUGGGCGAUUCUUCAACAGCCUGCAACUAGACAUGCCGUGCAAGAACAUCUCAUAACUGCUGCUGCAACAACCGGGACAUUGGUCAGGAAGGGUAUAACUGAGACUAAGGAAAAGGUGUCCGUUGGAAAGACCAAAGUGGAAGAGGCGGCAAAAAAGACUGCACAAAAGAGCAAGACCAUUUUGACGGAUAUCGAAAGGUGGCAGAAGGGAGUUGCCAGCUCAGAUGUGUUUGGUGUUGCGAUUGAGAUCACUGUCCAGCGACAGGAGUCAAGCAGGCCUAUUCCAUUUAUUCUGAUUAAAUGUGCAGAUUAUCUCAUAUUAACAGGACUUAAUUCACCGAGCUUGUUCAAAGCUGAAGGAGACAAAAAGUUGGUUCAACAAUUGGUUUCUGCUUACAAUCAAGAUCCUAGCGCGUCAAUACCUGAGGGCAUGAAUCCGGUUGAUGUUGCUGCACUCAUGAAAUAUUAUCUUGCGAGCCUUCCAACACCACUAACUACUUUUGAGCUUUACAAUGAAAUCAAAGAUGCACGGUCGAGCGUAAGCAGAAUGAGAAAGUCAUUGCAGAAGCUUUCCAAUGUGAACUAUAAUACAUUGGAGUUCAUAACAGCUUUAUUGCUUCGUGUGAGCCAGAAAUCGCUAUUUAACAAGAUGGAUUCUCAUAGCCUAGCUAUGGAAAUGGCUCCGGUGAUCAUGUGGCGAGAAGACAAGAGGCCCGAAUCUUACAGAGAAUAUUGGAGACGACCAUCGAGGAGUCCAAAGAAAAGCAACGACUUUGAAACUGCUUCUCCAUGGGACUUGCUCUCAGAUGAAGGAGAAGGUGUAGAUGCAUCUUCAUCGAUCCCUCUAGAUGAUACCGUUCAAGUCGAUUUUGGUGCGGUCGAGGUUGUGCAGUGCCUAAUCGAACAUCACAACGCGAUUUUCACUGAUGCAGACGAGACUAUAUGGAGAUGA